AUGGGUGCCAAGUGCCCUGCAGGGGAACACUGGGACAGAUUGAUUAAAAAAUGUCUGCCUUGCCAUCUAAUGUGUCAACAACCACCGCUCAUCACAUGCACCGAAUAUUGCGCGUUAGCCGAUUGUAAAACACUGCCUGGCCACUACUAUGAUGAACUUAUAAGAAAAUGUGUGAGGUGUGCUGAUGCUUGUGGUAAACAUCCAGCAGAGUGCUUCCAAUACUGCCACCCUCCAGUGACGACUAAAAAGCUGCUUAUUGAAGUUACUCCACAGCUUCCAAAUGCUCUACAGAUACCCUUGGAAGAAUCUACUGUCCUUUUCUACACGCUCCUUGCCCUUUGCAUAGGUUUGCUGCUGUCCAGCCUGUCUCUGGCCUUGCUGGUUUUUCUGAGGAGAAGCAGAGCUGAGAUGAAGCCCCAGCGAGUAGUCGUCAAACGGGGCCAAGGAGAUGUUGAGCGAGGAGGUCACCCGGAUCAUAGGUCUAAACAUUUUAUGGCACACGCAGUUUGUGCUAGUAAACCAUCAGGUGAAUCUAGACCCACUGAGACCUGCGUGUGUGUCCAAUGCUACCCUGAACCCUCAACUUCUAGAAUGCCAUUGACGUACAACCAACAACCGGUGUUCAGCACAGUGUCCCAGAUGCAAAAUCAAGUUCCCCUGUCAACAAAAAACAUGUCUCACAUCUCCAGAUUAGAGACACGUAAUGAGUUAUGA